AUGGGUUGUGCUCCUACAAAGCCCUUGUUGGAUACAUCCCAUCAGGGUCUCCACAAAUUGAAAAUGGAAAAUGGGUACGUUAGAGGAGGAUCAAGAAAGUCAGUUUCCGGCGGCCGGAAUUUGAGCAGCUCCGGCGGCAGUAGCAGCAGUACUGGUAGCCGGAAGGAGAAGAUGCUCAUGAAUGGUAAAGAAGGGAAGGAGGCUGGAAGUACUGUUAGGAGCACAGGUAGUGGUGGUACUAGUAGUAGUGGUGGUGGUCGUGGCGGCAGUGACGGUGGUGUGGUGACGCGGAGGAGCAGUGUGUCGCCGAAGCUUGAUAAUUCCGAUGAGUUAGUUGAUGGGUGGCCGAAAUGGCUCACUGAUAAUGUUCCAAAAGAUGCUCUUGAUGGAUUGAUCCCGAAGAGUGCUGAUGCUUAUGAUAAGCUUGAUAAGGUGGGGUCGGGGACUUAUAGCAAUGUGUACAAGGCUCGAGAUCGAAAAACCAAGAAAAUUGUCGCUCUCAAGAAAGUUCGUUUUGACACUUCUGAACCCGAAAGUGUAAAGUUUAUGGCACGAGAGAUCAUGAUGUUAAGGAAGCUUGAUCAUCCAAAUAUUGUGAAGCUUGAAGGUUUAGCAACCUCGCGAAUGCAAUACAGCUUAUAUCUAGUAUUCGACUAUAUGCAAACUGAUUUAUCAAGGAUUAUUUCUCGGCCCGAUGAACGGCUUACCGAGCCUCAGGUGAAAUCAUAUAUGCAACAAUUGCUUUCAGGCCUUCAACACUGUCACGAGAGAGGAAUUUUGCAUCGAGAUAUUAAGGGUUCAAAUCUAUUGAUCGAUAGAAAUGGGAUGCUAAAGAUAGCCGAUUUUGGGCUUGCAAACUAUUACAAUCCAAGAAGACCUGUUGCCCUCACAAACCGAGUUGUGACACUUUGGUAUCGAGCCCCCGAGUUGUUGCUAGGUACGACUCAUUACGGUCCAACUAUCGAUCUUUGGAGUGCCGGAUGUCUCUUGGCAGAAAUGUUUGCAGGAAGGCCUAUUAUGCCCGCAAGAACCGAGGUUGAACAACUUCACAAGAUUUUCAAGCUUUGUGGGACACCACCCGAAGAUUAUUGGAAGAAAUUGAAGUUAUCAACAACGUUUAGACCACCACAUUCAUACAAAUCGAAUCUUCGAGAAGCUUUUAGAGACUACCCGAGAUCGGCAUUGGGACUUUUAGCCAUUCUUCUAGCUCUAGAUCCGGUGUUUCGUGGUUCGGCUAGUUCUGCCCUCCAACACGAGUUCUUUCACACAAGCCCAUGGGCGUGUGAUCUUAGUGGUUUGCCUGUGGUUAAAGUAGACGACGAUGAUUUGGCUCAAACAAACGAGCCACGAAAGAUUAGAAAGUCGAGGACACGACAAAGGUCUAGAGCUCUAAAAGAGCAACGAAAAAAGGAUCAAACUGUCGAAAAUCCGAACAUAGAUUCGGCUUCUCCAAAAGAGGAAGCCGAAAAGAAGCAAGAAGUCGAGAUAAAAAUCGAUGAGCUUGUGAUAUCCAAAACAAGCCCGUUUUCGCCUCAUGUGGGCCCAAGCCCAAGCCCAACGAAGGAAACCCUAGCUCCUCUACCCUCUCCAGACAAUUUAUACCAACGCUACAGAAGACAAAUGAGUGAAUCACACCCUAAUGCAAAAAUGAACAUCAAGAAUCGGCCCCCACUACCCGGUGCUAAAAGAUUAUCCGACAAAUACGGUGGCAUGAUUGAUGAACAUCUGACCCAUGUUCCAAGAUCCUCUUCCACAAGAGAAUAUCGAAACAUGGAUCAAAGAAAACUCGACUUCAAUCUACACGAUGAUUAG